GUCGAGCUUCGAAUACAUCGGCACCAGCGAUCCUUGCACCAGCGAUCCUUGGCAUGCACUUACCCCGAAGGCGAUUCAACUUUGACGGACUAGUGCGCCGAUGCAAUACACACGACCCAAGUCUGUACCUGCCUCUCACCGUGGAGGCCAACGCACACACUCCGCCAUCGGUGGUCGGUCUCGUUCGAAGAGAUCGCGUGGCGAAACUCCAACCAUUCCAGCAUGUAUUUGACUGGACACGCAUUCACGAGGCCGUUCAUCUCCGGUCUGCAUUCACCUCAGAACCUCAGCGCACGGCAGCAAUGCAAGAAGUGGCCAUGGCACUCAAAGCGGAAUCCUGGCGCAACGAGGCGUACGGCGCUGCUCGACCCGACGACAACGAACCGUGGUUCCGCAUCGACCGAAGUGCCAGCACGUUUUUCGGGAUCUCACAAUUCGGGUGCCAUCUCAACGGCUACGUUCGACAUUCUCCCCAGCCGAAUGAGCAUGGCCACUCGUUGAGCGUGUGGCUUGGCGUUCGAUCCAGCGGCAAAGCUAUCUGCCCUGGCAAGCUGGACACCCUUGUGGGCGGCGGACUGCCGUGGGACAUGUCCCCGUUGGACAACAUGUUCAAAGAAGCCGAAGAAGAGGCUGGGCUUUCUCGCAUCGAGAUCCAUCGAAGCAUUCGAUCCACGGGCGCGUUGACCUACCGAAAUGACGAAGUGCACGGAUACAAGCACAACACAAUGUUUACAUUUGACGUCGAGCUUCCUUCGACGUGGCAGCCUGAGAAUGUAGAUGGCGAAGUCGACAGUUUCCAGCUGUGGCCCGUCGACGACGUACUGUGUCACAUGCAGUCAAACCCAGAAGCGUUCAAACCCGAUGUGUGUUUGGUGCUGCUGGAUUUUUGUGUCCGCCACGGUGUUCUCUCGGCAGCAGAUUUCGAACGGCCUGGCGAUUACAGUGCCUUGUGCUCCAACUUGCAUGCGUUUCACGGAUCAUCGGCGAUAGUACUGUAGUCACCCUAGCCCGUUACAGUUCGAUAUGCACUGGCCAUACAUACUUUAGCACGCCCCCCAAAUGGCAAGAUCAUUUCUUCUUUACAUUGAGGGCCCCCUUGUACGACAUCUUAUAUCAACCUUGCUUGUGC